AUGCUCGCCGCCUUCAUCAUCGUCGUCACGUUGGCGGCGGGCCUCGACGCUGCACCUUCACCCCACCGGCACUGGCACCAUUCGCACCACGCUCGCCACCAUGACGGCAUUCGGCCCUCGUCGACGGCAAUGAGGAGGCGUAUGGUGGAGGAGGGUUCGGGGGCGCCGUACGAAAACGGGCUGCCCAAAGCCAACUCGCCCGUUCCCGUUCGCAUUCGCGUUCCGGAUGAGCAUCCGGACAUCAGGGCCGUGGUCGACAACGCCAUGCUUCCCCUGGUCAUGUGA